CACUCACCUAAUCAGUGAACGGCAAGCCAACCUAUCACUCUCGCCUCUCGCCUUCAUUUCACCUUCACAUCUCUCACAUCUCCACCCGCAUACCGCCGCAAACGUCUGAGCCAUGGGAAGUGGAUCUUCGUCCUUGCGGCGCCGCCGCAAGCGUGGAGCUGGCGAUGAGAAGCAGCAACAGAAGCAGCAGCAGAAGCAGCAGAAGCAGCAGAAGCAGCAGAAGCAGCAGAAGAGCCGGAGGGCUGGCAAAGCCACCAAGGCUGCAGGCGCAUCUGCUGCCACCCCGGCUUGGAUCGGCAGCAAGACGGCCGGUUUUGCCUUUGAGGAGCCACCGCGCGCGGCCCAGAUCGACUUCACCCUCGACGACUCCGACCUGCAGCGCGUCUCAGGCCUGCUGACCGACACGUGGCGCAGCGACGUCCUCGAUCGUGCCGAUGCCGGCACCGAAGAGCUCGGCGCCGACCAAGUCAAGGCCCUCUUCAAGAAACAACAGCUCAGGAUCGAGCUGGACAACGCUGUCGGCGCGCUGCGUGCUCUCGCCCAACAGCAGGGCCUGAAGGAACGCACCGUGUUUGUGUCGCACGCCUGGCCGGGCUCUCCUGAGGAGGAGCCGUUCAUGGAGGAUGUCAUCUCCUUCACCGACACGCUGCGCCUCGCUGGCCUGCACGUGUCCUCUGCCAUGCUUGCCUGGCGUGACGCCGACAAGGCCUACCCCGACUUCAUCCGCGAGCACCUCAAGUCGUGCGACGCCAUCGUCCUCGCCGCGUCGCCGAGCUUCAAGUCCGAGUACACGCGCGAGGGCAGCGGCGUGCACGCCGAUGCCGCCGCUGCAGAGGAGCUGUCCCUCGAUCCCCUCCCCGUCGUCCUCGCCGGCGGGUUCAUGGACUCGUUGCCAGGCAGCCUGACCAAGGUGCUGGCCAGCGUGUGCUCCGACACGGUCGAGUACUGCAAGCUGCUGCCAGCGGUCGUCGCCAAUCUGCUUGGGCUGGCGGCAGACACCACCGCCCAGGACCUCAUCGCCAAGCACGUGGCCACCGUGGAGACGAAGGUGGCCACGCUGGAAGAGACAACCAUCCCUGCCGACGACAUCCCGACCAUCACGGCCUCAUAUGAGGAGGAGCGGCAGCGCCUCGACCUGCGCGCGUUUGUGCUGAAGAGCAGCCUGACACGCUCCCAGCGCCGCUUCCUCGACAACGGCCUGCAGCAGCAGGUGGACGCCAUUGGCCAGGUCGCCGUCAAGCGCAUGCGCAGCAGCGCUGCUGCUGCUGCUGCUGCUGGUGGUGGUGGUGGUGAGGGCGGCAGCGGUGGCAAGGCUGGCACCGAUGUGCUGACCAAGGAUCACAAGGGCCAGGAUGGGCCGCAUCUCUCGGAGCAGUACACCGCGUUCAUGACUGGCGACCGCGCCAUUCUGCUCGUCGUCGGCGACUCGGACCUGCUGUCCACCGCAGAGGACAUGCUUGUGUCCCGGCAGUGGCAGUACUACGACGCAAACCACGCCAUGAUCCCCGUGGUCAUUGACCUGGAGCAGGCCGCCGUGCCGACGUCGCGCGUUGUCGAGCAGGCCCUGGUCAAGCACGGCUACACGGCAGCGGAGGUGGAGGCCCUGCGAGAGGGCCACCCCGGCCUCGUGCUCUUCUUCAAGAACUGGCGCGCCGCCGACCACUGCACCAAUAUCUACGUGCAGAACGAGCUGGACCACUGGGGCUCUCUCCACGGAAGCGCGCCAAAGGUUGUCUUCCUCGUCGACAAGGCCGAGGUGCAGGCGGCCCUCACACCGGAGACAAAGGGCGAAGCGCCAGCAACAGGGGGCGUGGCAGGCGCAGCCGCCUCUGUCGACCAGUGGAAGCUGCCGCCGGUUCUCCACCCGCGCCUGCUCGGUGCGGACGUGGAGGGCCCCAUCGUGCUGUACUUCCUCCCCUGCGACAUGGCCGGCGAGCCCAUGCCAACGGCGUUCCAGAUGCUGCUGCUCAGCGGGCGCGCAGACACGCCGCCACCGGCGCUGCCGAGCGUGACCUUUGCAGAGGCCAAGGCGCCCACGGCCACGGCCACGCAGGGCAAGGGCAAGGCUGAGGAGUCGAAGGAGGAGGAGUCUGUCGUUGAUCUCGAUGCCAUCAAGGAGCGCUGCCUCGACUCUCUCCACAAGACGUACUUGAAGGCGCGCGAGGACCUUGUGCGGAAGCAGCUUGCCAGCGAGCUCGCCGAGCUGUUCCGCGCCAUGAACCGCGUCACCAAGCUCACAACAAACAGACACAAGGGCUUCAUCUCGUACUCGUGGCCGCGGGACCGAAGCGACCAGCAGAAGCUGCAGGGCCGACUGUCCCGCCUGCGCCGCGACAUGGCGCGCAUUGGUCUCGACGUCUCCCUUGACAUCAUGGACCUCAAGCCAGGCAUGGAUAUUGAUGAGUUCAUGCGCAAGGGCAUUGACAAGUCCACCGCCGUCUUCCUCAUCGGCACCCCAGACUACAACAGGCGUGUGCCAGAACCCACGAACAAGGUUGAGGCUGACAAGGUGAACGAUGGCGAUGUGACGAACGUCGGCAAGGAGUACUGCUUCAUCCGGCAGGCCGCAUCUGAGCGCGGCGUGCUCGUGUUCCCGCUCUGGUUUGACCGCGGCGAGCACGUCACGCCGGCAUCAGCCUUCCCCGACGCGUUCCUCAACUACCCGUUCCAGCCCGUGCGGGACUGCAGCAGCUACAGGUACUACCUCGCCGCCCUGCCCGCCCUCCUCAACACCAUCAUCCCCAUCUUCGUCGACGGCGAUGUCCCCGACGAGGAGAGGCAGAGGUGGAACAAGGCGUGCGACAAGUUCCUCACGAGUCUUCACGGCGUCGAGCAGUCCACCUCCACCAAGGCCGUGUGGGAGUGGUUCUUCCAGGACAUCAAAGAGCGCGAGAGGCGCGAGCAAGAGUUCCAGGAGAGCCUGAAGCAGUUCUUCACCAACACGCCCGCUGAGAUCCUUGAGCAGCUGUCUGGCAGCCGCGACUCUGCAGCAGCCGCGCUGGAGGCGAACAUUGCCCGCAUCCGCCAGGCAACGGACGUGCUCAAGCCAGAGAGCCCCGUGCAGCAGCAGCUGAAGCAGUUUGUGCGGGUGAAGGCAAGCAAGACGGCCGCGCCCAAGAAGGAGGAGGAGAAGUUUGAUCUCGUGGACAACGUGCUGCAGGCUGUCGCUGCUGAGGACGCAAACACCAAGCCCCUGUAUCUCCUGGUGCAGGGUGGCACGGGCAGCGGCAAGAGCGCGUUCAUCAGAUACCUCGAAUUCCGGCUGUGGGCAGACCGCGACAAGGACCCCUCGUGCCCUGUUCCGCUGUACGUCCCCCUUGCGCAGACGAACAACGCGGAGACAGAUCUGAUGUCGGAGACGCUCAUGUCCAUUGGCCUUGACGAGGCCGGCAUUGAGCAGCUCAAGCGCGAGGCGUCGUUUGUUGUGCUGCUGGAUGGCUUUGACGAGCUGGGCAAGCCUGUCAACCUGUACCGCAGCAACAAACUCGACGAGUGGCAGGCGCACGUGGUCGUUGGCGCGCGCUCGCAGUUCCUGCAGUCGCUGCCGGAGUACCAGUCCCUCUUCACGCACGCGACGCAGAGCCGGGUGGACGAGCGGUACAUUCUUCCGUUUGAUCAAACCCAGAUUGAGGCGUUUCUGGAGCGCUUUGUACGCGGACCCGACGCCCAGGGCCAGGACGCACACACGCUGCACGACCAGCUGUCCAACAUUGGCGGCCUGUGGGACCUCUUGUCCACCCCAUUCCUCCUGCACAUGGCGUGCCUGUGCCUGCCCAUCCUGGAGAGCGGCAUGGUUCCAAGCAAGGGCCUUCCUCGCAACAUUUCCAAGCGGCACCUGUACGAGAGCUUCGUGUCGCUCAUGCACGGCCGCGAGAUGUGGCGCUGCGUCACCCGCAGACGCGUCCCCAUCGACGUGAACCUGCACGUGGCGCUGCUGGCGUUCGAUCAAGACCUUGCGCGCUCCCUCUUCCUCGGGCACAGCAUCACCGCAAAACUCAUCCGUGCAGAAGCCGUCUCCGACGCAGCCCUCAAGAUUGCUGUUGACGGCAGCCCGCUCCGCGUCGUCGGCGUCGGUCCGCGCGUGACCUUCGUUCACAAGUCUGUGCUUGAGUAUCUCGCGGCGUGCGCGCUCAUGUCUGACGUCGUGUCGCUCGCGGAGGGCGAGGUGGUGCCCAUCCUUGGCACGCGCCUCGUGCGCAACGAGCCGGGCCUGGUCGAGUUUGCCGGACAAAUCGUCCGUGCAGAUAAGGAGGCGCAGACGCGCCUGAUGCACGUGAUUGAGCUCUCCAAGACGCAGCCGCACGCGACCAUUGCCGCGGGCAACGCCGCCACCAUCCUCAACUGCGCGCGUGUGCCCUUCUCUGGCCUCGACCUCUCUGGCGCGCGGCUGUGCGGCGCCGACAUGCGUGCAGCCCUGCUGCACCGCACCAACCUGACGGGGGCAGACCUGCGUGGCGUGUUCUUCGCCGAGGCCAUCAUGACCGGCGCGUGCCUGGACAUGUGCAACAUGCGAGAUGUCGAGUUUGGCCAGCUGCCAGAUGUGGACGAGCAGAAGGACAGGGUGGACCUGCUGCAUGUGACUGGCGACGGCCCCAGUGCGCGCCCCAUGACGGUGACGCGUGGAAAGCACAUAAACUACUGGCGCACGGAGACGACCAAAGGCGACGACGGCAGCGACGAGGUGGCCAUUCGCCUGCUCAGCACCGCUCCGCUGCCCCAAGAUGUUCCCCACGGCGACAAUCGGUUCCUGCCCAUCACCUUCAGCAGCUGCCGCGCCGCCCUGGGCACCAUGCCCUCGGACCAGCAAGUGGAUAUUGGUCCCGUGCCCGGCAUGGAGGACGCGCUCGCCAUCCUCCCGUGGACCAUCAAGACCGAUUCGCCAAUCGUUGUUGGCACCGGAUGGCCGUUCCGCAACACGAUCCGCAUCUGCGACGGCGGCGAGAAGGCCGCGAUGGUGCUGCGCGACAACACGCUGGCCAUCUAUGCCCGCGAUGGCAGCGGCAGUGCCAAGCGCAUUGUCAAGGCAGACGUGUACAGGGAUUUGGAGGCCCUGGGCGUCAACAUGCACCACAAGGGCGAGAUUGACUUUGUGAAGUGCGAGCUGUCACCAAACGGCCGCUACGCUGUUGUCUUUGUGCAUCCGCUGAGUAUCUUUGGAUACGAGGGUGAGGGUGACGUGGAGCUGCCUGGGCCCAUGUAUCUGUACGAUCUCGCUGCACCAGAGGGCACUGCCCCGCGCCUGCUGCGCCACCACAACCUGUGGGUUGCCUGCGUCUCCUUCCUCAAGAACAGCACCCAGUUCCUCUCCUUGUCCCUCGACAAGACCAUGUGCACAUGGGACCUCGAGAAAGGGGAAGUGAUUUCCACCAUCAGGAACGUGAAUAGUGGCGAGCACCAUCCAAACCUUUUGGUUGUGUCGCCAAAGGAGAAGUACUGCGUGACGGUGGACGACACGCACGGGUGGAGCUGGAGCCCGCACAGCUGCGCGUCGCUGUGGCGCCUCUCAGACGGCGUGCGCGUGGCUAGACUUGUCGGACACGAUGUCGGCAAGCUUGGCGCGGUUGCCUUUUCUGCGGACGAGUCGCUCGUGGCGACGGCCGGCGGCGCAAAGACGGUGUGCGUGUACGAGACGGGCGAGGGCACGCUGCAGGUGGUGCUGCGUGGGCACGUGGGCGGCAUCAGCCACGUGCAGUUUCUCAGCAACAGCAACCUGCUCAGCACCUCUGGCAAGUCGAUGAAGCUGUGGAGCCUGGCGCAGGCCAAUGCGCUGCCGGCCAUCACGUACACGCCCAACGCCACAGAGGUGACGGCGUCCGAGGGCUGCUGGUGCGUGCAGACCGUCUCAGACUACGUUGUGGGCACACACAACGUGCACCCGCGCCGGCUCGGGGUGUGGAACCGCCACACGGGCGAGCUGAUGCCCAGCCUGAAUGGCAGCUACAUGGACGGCACGACGCGCGGGCUGGCCACGGCCAAGGACGACAAGAGCGUGUACAUCGGGCUCAACUCGUCCGGGUGCCUGCCCAUCCCACGGGUGGACGUGGAGAAGGGCGGCGCUGUUGUGCAGGAGCUUGAGGUGCUGCGCCGCUGGUCUCCAACGCACUUCCACGGCAACACGCUGGCCAUCAGCGCAGACUUCCGGUUCAUGGUGGCGACGACGCUGUGGCGCACGUCGCUGCUGUACGACCUGGAGCAGGGCAAGCUGCUGGGCACCCUUGAUGGGCACACGCACGACCACGUGUGGAAUGCCAUGCUGUCGCCGAGCGGCAAGUACGCGGCAACCACGGCCAGCGAUGGCAAGCUGAUUGUGUUUGAUGUUUCCACGCGCAAGCCAACCUGCAACCUCCCAUCGAAGGACAUUGAGUUUGGGUUCAACUGCAAGGACCAGCUGGUGGUGGUUGAGAAGGGCAGCAAGACCGUCAAGACAUAUGACGUCUCUGGUGCAUCGCCUGCAGAAGUGGGCGCCGCCAACACGAGCUUUGCCUCCGCCGACCAGCUCGGCAUGGCGUACGUGUGCAGCCGCACGCAUGCCGUCCUGUGUGAGCGCAAUGGAACCACCCUCACCCUCCGCAACAUUGACAACUUUGAGGUUGAGGCUGUGGUGGAGAGCUUCUUCAGUGGCCUGGGCACACCAAUCAUCUCGCAGGAUUGGAAGCAGCUGCUGUGCCAGAAGACGGGUCUGGCUGGCCUGGAUGUGUAUGGGCUCGACAAGGGCGGCAGCAAGCUGCAGUGGGUGACCCGCCCUACCUUUGUCACCAACAGCAGCACCUCCGUCGUGGGCUGCGUCGGUCUUCCCAGCGCCGCGCGCCAGCUGCUCGCCCAGCUCGGCGCCAAGAUGGCGGCGGAGUAGUCAACAGAGGGUGUGUGUGUGUGCCUGUGUGUCUGUGUGUACGUGUGCGUGUGCGUGUGCUUGCGUGUGUGUGUGUGUCUGCGUGUGUGUGUGUGUACUUGUGUUUUGCAUGCUGGUUUGGGUCGGUGUUGCAUUCAAUCGUGUUUGCGUUGCUGAUGGUGUGAAUGCAGUUUGGCGUUACUGAUGGUGAAUGCGGUUGCCCCUUUCCCUGUUUGGGUUUUGUCACUGCUGUUAUGUUUCAGCUUCACAUCAAUUACACACGUCGUUUCGUGAA